CUCCUGACUCCACCACACCCGCCGCGACCGCAGCCGAAAGUGGCGGGGCGGUCGGUGGUCCAAACCCAAACUCCCGAGCCCCCCUCCCACUACUCUGGGCUCUGGUCUCCCUGUCCGGCUGUCCGUCUCUCUGCUCUGCUAGUAGUAUCCCGUCGCGCGGAUACGCGCGCACGUUUCGCGCAUACGCCAGUACGCCACUGCUCUGCUGGCUUUGACCUCGGGGGCGAUCCCUUGCUGUUCUUGACUCGGCCUUCGCCUCCGUUGCUUCCUUGCUUCCUACCCCUGGUUGCUGUCAUCGCCACAGGGUCUCGGUUCACUGCCGUUGUCCGUUUCUUCUCCUUCUGCUGCUGCCCUUUGGAGUUUUCCCCAAGCCUCGCUCGCAGCGGCUGGGCUGUUGCUUAGUUUGUUCAAAGGUUUGUGUUGGAGGCUAAGAGGGUUGCAUGCGAUGGCCCUUGCGGCAAAACAGGCUGCUCUGUGUUUCAAGAAAGUUUUGAGGUUGUCCAUUAGGAAAAGCUAUACAUUUGUGUCCGAACACCCUGUCCUUUUCGGUUUGGGUGUUUUGCUCUACCUAUUGUACAGAUCAUCACCAAGGCUCUUUGUGUUCCUGCUUUCUUCUUCACCUGUAAUUAUAUGCACUGCUCUUCUUCUUGGAAUCCUACUGAGUUAUGGAGAAAUUAAUCUUCCUGAGGCUAGUGAAGAUCACAAGGGCACUCCAAAAGUUUCAACUUCCAACGUUGGAAAUUCGUCCAGUGAUAUCCACUUUGAAGAAAAUCAGAAACCUUCAGUGCUUGAAUUUAGGGAUAAUGCACCAAACUUCAAAGAGAGGGAAGCUAAACAGACAGUUUCCUUCAGAGAGAGGGCUAGUGAGCAUGUUGAUGUUGAUGAUUAUGUCCCUCUUCUGAAGAGAACUGAUGAAGAAGAUGAGAGAGCUGAUCGGCGUAACAUACCUAGAACACCUACACCGUUUCCUUCUAUGGUCAAUCUUUGCCAAGAGUCUGGGAUCGGGGAGGACAUCAACUUCACCAAGAAAAGACAAUCGGAAGGUCCUUGUUUCAUUCAGGAUAUGGCUGACUGUCAGACAAGCCUAUUUGAUGGGGUCCGUCAGAGUGGUCUGAAUGACAAAGUUACACCCUUUGGUCUGUUUUCUUCUAGCGAUAAUGUUAAUAAGCAUGCUGAGAUGGAGGAAAAUCUAGUAUUUGCAGAUUCAGCAGCUAGUAAAGAGGGAGCUAUUUCUGAAGCGAAGCAAACUGAAGAGCUUGCUGGAACUAGCAAACAAGAUGCUUCUGUCCCUAUUCACCAAUGGGAAAAGAAAGGCGAGCUUAAUGUUGAUACUAGCAAUGUUGUUGAGGACAGCUUGCUUGAUUCCUCUCUUGGCUCACCAUGGGCAAGAGUUAGCAGUCAGGAUGGUUCAUCUGGUUUUGACUCUGAUCAGGCUGAGAGUUCUUCUCCUGAUGCUUCCAUGACUGACAUUGCUCCAGUUCUUGAUGAGAUUGACCCACUUUUGGGUGCUGGUUCCAAUCGCCCCAAUCCUAUUCCCAAGGAUGAUUCAGACACAGAUUCUCAUGUCUCAGAGGAUCAUCAAAUUGACGAUGAUAGUAAUGAUGAGGGCGAUGACAUUGAUCCUAAAGAUAAUGUGGAGGGGAAGAAUAAAAAUGAUGGGAAGGAAGCUGCAUUUCUUUGGACAGCAGAUGAUGAAAAGAAUCUCAUGGAUCUUGGGUAUUCUGAGAUGGAAAGGAACCGCAGAUUGGAAAUUUUGAUGGCUAGACGAAGAUCCAGGAAGAACAUAAAGUUCGAAAUUGAUAACAACCUGACAGAUGUUGAUAGUAAUGGUGCUGGUAGGAGUUUAGAUGAUUUGUCACGCUUCCGUGCACUUGUACCUCCUAUUGCAGUGCCAAGGAGGAACCCUUUUGACCUUCCGUAUGAUUCUGAAGAAGCAGUGAUUCCUGGCUCAGCUCCUUCAAUUCUGCAUGCACGGAAGAACCCAUUUGAUCUUCCCCUUGAACAGUUGAAUGACAGUGUUGUCGUCCCUGCCCCAGAUAGUUUAAACUCUGGAGAAUCUGCGAUGUCUCCUCGUCGUGACAUGAUCUUCAGAAGGCAUGAAAGCUUUAACUUUGGAAGGAUGGAUGCAAUCCAGGAGAAGCAUUUUUCUAGACUAAAGCCAUAUUUUGUCCCUGAAACUGUGGAAUGGAAUGCAAGCAAUUUCCAAAGACAGUUCAGUGAUAAGAGUGAGUCUAAAAUGAGCUCUGUUACUGAAUCUGAUAUUACUUCUUCAGUUGCUGAUCAGGAGGAUCACAAGGACCAUGAUGAAAAGGACCUUGCAGAUGUUGGAAGUGAAGGCUCAGAUGGUAUCAACUCCAUAGAUGUUGAACUAGACAACAGUGACAUUGAUGACCGUGAGAUUGCUCUACAGCACUUCGUCUUUGAAAGAUCGCAAGAAAGGGAAGCACAUCUUGCUUCAACUAAAGGAAAAGAUCAGGAAGAAGAUUAUACGCCCAAGUCAGCCAGGAGUUCCAUGAUGCCAUUUCAUGCAGUUCCUGACCUGCUUAGCUGGGAAGAUGGAGAUGGUAGCGACAGCCUUGGUGCUAAACCUUCUUUCCAACUUAACACAGAAGUUAAAUGCGCAGAAUGGGUUUCAUCCUCCAGGCCACCUAUGGAGGGUGAAUCUCAUUCUGGGGACCUUCCAGAGUACCUUGACACUGAAGUUGCAUCAAGCUCAAACACAGUUGUACUUGGUGCAAGCAAUACAUCUGAGAAAGGUGGAAAUGUUGAUCUCAUGUCCUAUUCAAACAAUGAAAUGCCAUUAGAUAACCUGAUUCAUGGGUCCAUGGAGCUGCCUUCUGAAUUUGUCACGGAAACAUUGCCGGUCAUAUCUCGGGACCUACACCCUAUCCCAGAGGAGAGAGUUGUUGAGAACUUCAACAUGCAAGAAAAGCAUGAAACAGCAAUUUUUACUGAUUCAGCUGCUGCCUUGACUGGCCAUGUAAUCGAACAGCACUUUGAUGUUGGAUCUGAUGGAACUCUGAGCUCUAAAGUUGUUUCCUCGUAUCCUCAAGUUAAUGAUGUCAUCCAAUCUGCAUCAAGUGAACAUGAAGAAAUCUUGAAUCCCUUUGCUUUGAUGGCUACUGAACCUAAGGUGGAUAUAAGUGACAUGUAUGGCGAAGCAACUGCAGGUGCAGGAUAUAUACUUGAUUCUGAUGACGAGGCUGAUAAAAUCUAUCCUGAGCCAAUGGAGGGCAGUGGAAUUGAUGAAAGUUUCCUGUCGGAAUUAGAUGCAGUGGGAGACUUUGGAGUUGAACCAAUGAGACUGGACCAGCAGGUGACAGAUCAGGCUUCCCAUAAUGAUAUCCCUACCAAUAGUGUUGCUGCACAUUCCGUUAUUAGCCCUCAGGCAUCUGACAACGUCUCCUUGACCAUGUCAGAAGUUGGUGCUGAAGACUCCAGGGAGCAGUCUCCAUUGGUUGAUGACCUAAAUGGCCCUGAAUUUGGCCUGUCAUUUGGAGCAUCUCACAAUGACCCUGAGCAGACUGUAUACAAUCCUCGGAGACGGAUCCUCGAAGCAAGCCCCUUUGAAUCAAUGAACAUGGAGUUGAAGCCACCACACGAUGAGUCAGAAGUGCCUGCUGAUGAUACACCAUCACCAGAAACCUUAGCAGCUGGAUCAAAUGAGCCAGAGGUCACUAUAAAUGGGUUAUUGACAUCUACAACUGAUCCUGAGAUUACUGUUCUAGAUGCAAAGUCUCUGGAGGAUAUUGAGACUGCCUUUAAGCUAGUUAGUGAUGGUGUGGUUUCUGAGGCCACCAUGGGUACUGAAACUUUGCAUAUCUCAGGUGCUGAUGCUGCAGAGCCCAAAGAGGCUGCUGGAGAGCUGCAUGUCAUUGAUGCAAAAUCUGUGGAUGACAUGCAUGCUGCUUUCCAGAAGCACUUCGAUGCUAUUGUGAAUAGUUCCUUUGAAGAAAAUGAAGACAAGUAUGGACAUGUAGAGACAGCAGAAUCCACGAAACCUGAUGAACUUACUGAAGCAAUACAUACCGAAAGUCAGCACAACCUAGGAGAUGCUAGGGAGGGUUUACCAGUGGAGGGUACAGGCAAUAUGAGUACUAGUGAAGCAGAGAGUCACGAUGACAUUGAUGCGGCAUCCAAUAAGGUCUUCCAUAGCAGUGCCAAGAGUACUGCACAGGCAGUGGAGUUAGAGGUUUCUCACGAAAGAGAAGAGGAAAGUGAACAUCAAUGAAUACCACCGGAUUGACUGCUGAAAGGAAACGAUAGAAUGUCAUCAGAGAUGAAUGAGACAAAAAUACUCCUUGGUUGAAGGAGCUAGCAAAGCAUUGAUGGAACGCUAUUGUUAAGUUUCACGGGCUUGCCACUGUGCAUAUACUUCACAUAUUCAAAAUACAAAAGUUUUGAUGUAGACCUUUUGUGAAUGCGCUUUCUUUAACUUUCUUUUAUUCUUUUGAGGUUUUGGUGGGUUUGUUUUAGAUUGAUUCCCCCCUCCUUUGGCUGUAAUUUGAAGAGGUGUAAGUUUUGCUCAGACAGUUUGGUUGGUUCCAGGGACAUAGAACUAUCUGUUCUACCAUGUGAAUUGAGAUUUUGGUGUAUUGUUUGAACUAGUGAAGUUGGCAAUAGAAGAAUUAGACAGGUACAAUUUUACCUUUGAAA